GGAAUACACACUCAGACACAGACACAGACAGACACACACACUUACACACACACACAUAUGCAUGCAUGCACACAUACACACAACUGUGUCUCACACACACACACACACACUCAUUUAUAGAGAACAAUACAGCCAACGGGAAACAGUGUGUGCCUCCCAUACUGCUUCCUUGGGGUCAAGGAGGUGACAGGCAUCCAGCUUUGUUGAAAACUAGGAUCAUUUUAUUUUUCAAUCCAUCCCAGAUCUCAGCAUAGCCUGAUUCUCUGCACAAAGCAUGACACAGUGUCCUGACAGGAGCCAGCCCACUGCUGCCUGGCCAUCUAUAGGUUUUAGGAAAUGAGAUCAUUCCCCUUGCCUGGCAACUAGGACAAGGGUCACUCUAUCCCCUCCACCUCCCCUUCCCCUGAGAGCUGCCUUUCGAUCUAGUUUACCCUGGUCAUUUCAGGGUUAACAGCAUUGUGCUUCCUGGAGAUAGUCUCUUCUUCCUUUUUUUGUUUUUUUUUUCCUUCAAAUUUUGCAUUUGCCCUAAAAUAUAAAGUUGCCCCCGUGUCCCACUUAGAUCCUCUAAUCCUGGUGAGGUGUAUUAGCACACAAGUGUACCUUCAAACCCUGUGGAAAGUUAAUCAGAGAACAGAGCCUAUUUUUCUAUGGCAGCCUCAGUAUUUAAUGUCUGCUAACCCUGUCAGAGACACACAUUCUUUUAGGGGGGGGGGGGGUGAGUCUCUGUGCUCCAGUUUUUAAGAGCGAAGACUUUGUACUUCAGAAGCGAUGGGGAAAAUCAGCAGCCUUCCAACUCAAUUAUUUAAGAUCUGCCUCUGUGACUUCUUGAAGAUAAAGAUACACAUCAUGUCGUCUUCACACCUCUUCUACCUGGCGCUCUGCUUGCUCACCUUCACCAGCUCCACCACAGCUGGACCAGAGACCCUUUGCGGGGCUGAGCUGGUGGAUGCUCUUCAGUUCGUGUGUGGACCGAGGGGCUUUUACUUCAACAAGCCCACAGGCUAUGGCUCCAGCAUUCGGAGGGCACCUCAGACAGGCAUUGUGGAUGAGUGUUGCUUCCGGAGCUGUGAUCUGAGGAGACUGGAGAUGUACUGUGCCCCACUGAAGCCUACAAAAGCAGCCCGCUCUAUCCGUGCCCAGCGCCACACUGACAUGCCCAAGACUCAGAAGGAAGUACAUUUGAAGAACACAAGUAGAGGAAGUGCAGGAAACAAGACCUACAGAAUGUAGGAGGAGCCUCCCACGGAGCAGAAAAUGCCACAUCACCGCAGGAUCCUUUGCUGCUUGAGCAACCUGCAAAACAUCGAAACACCUACCAAAUAACAAUAAUAAGUCCAAUAACAUUACAAAGAUGGGCAUUUCCCCCAAUGAAAUAUACAAGUAAACAUUCCAACAUCGUCUUUAGGAGUGUUUGUUUAAAAAGCUUUGCACCUUGCAAAAGUGGUCCUGGCGUGGGUAGAUUGCUGUUGGUCCUUUAUCAAUAACAUUCUAUAGAGAAAAAAAAUAUAUAUAUAACUAUAUCUCCUAGUCCCUGCCUCUAAAGAGCCGAAAAUGCAUGGAUGUUGUAGAGAUCCAGUUGCUCUAAGUUUCUCUCUGAAUUUUGGCUGCUGAAGCCAUUCAUUUAGCAACUGUGUAGAGGUGGUUUAUGAAUGGUUCCCUUAUCUUCACCUCUUCCCACGUAGCUCAAGCUGCUUGUUUUACAGAGUCUAAUCAUCUUGUCUAGCUGCAUUAGACACACCCUUUCCUAACACUUGUAUUUGUUGAAUUUGGCCUCCUUAAGAGCAAUAGCAAAUAAGUAGUCAAGUGGCCUACCAAGUUUUAACGUACCUGACUCCAUCUGUGGCAUUUGUACCAAAUAUAAGUUGAAUGCAUUUAUUUUAGACACAAAGCUUUAUUUUUUUUGACAUUGUGUUUCAAGAAAAAAAAUAGAAUAACAAUAACUACAACUUUGAGGCCAAUCAUUUUUAGGUGUGUGUUUGAAGCAUAGAACGUCUCUUAAACUCUCAAUGGUUUCUUCAAAUGAUAAGUUAGUAUGUAACCUAAGUAUAGCAGUUUCUCUCUUUUUUAUUUUUUUCCAUAUAGAGCACUAUGUAAAGUUAGUAUAUCAAUAAUACAGGAAAUAUCAAACAGUAUGUAAAACUCUGUUGUUGUUGUUUUUUAGUACAAUGGUGCUAUUUUGUAGUUUGUUAUAUGAAAGAAUCUAGUCAACACAGUAAAAGGAGAAAGCAAAGCAAAAACAACAAACGAAAGCCUGGAGCCUAAGAUGACAAAACGAGGAAGGGAACUGAAAAAAAAAAUCCUUCCUCUUGGGAGAUGCAAAGGCCUCCCCAAUUAUGCCUUCCAAGAAGAACUUAAGAUAUAGAGUCCAUUAAGACGCACUUACUUGUCAAGUCCAGAGAGGAAGCUAUGGAGUGGGAAAAGCAAGAGGCUAGGGAUUUGGGAGUCCUGGUUUCUUUUUAAUCACUGAAGAAGUAAGUAUUUGCAACCUGGGUCACACAAACUCACCACCCUGUGACCUCAGUCAAAUCACUCCACCUCUCGGUGCCUCAGUUUUCCUCAUCUGCAAAAUGGGGGCAAUAUGUCAUCUACCUACCUCAAAGGGGUGGUAUGAAGAUUAAAAAGUAGACCUUCAGAUUUUUGUUCUGGGUUUCCAGGAGGGUGCAACAUCAGAACCCUUGAAUUGCUAGGAUGCAAGGAAUUCUGUAAAUAACCCACUAACAAUGUAGCUCCAAGGAUCAUUCAUCUGUCACUGGGAUGCCACCACAAUAUCCAAGUUCUUAUUGGUGAAGCUGUGCAACUAAUUAGUGACAAGCUAAGGACUCAGUCUCCCCAGCAUGUCACACGGCAGGAGACAUUUGAUUUGCAGUUUUAUUUAACUUCUGCAUUUGAGCUUAUGACUAUAAAGACUAGUGAAAAGAAGGGAGAGAGGAGAAAGAAGAUCCUUGCCAAGUAAAGGGUAAUUAAUUAUUAUUCCAUUUAUCCACUCUCAUUAAAGGGUAAUUAAUUAUUCCAUGUAUCCACUCUCAUUAAUCCUUCCAGUCACUUAGUAUCUAGAAAUAACUCUAACAUUGUCAAUGAGACUCUACUCAGUUUGCCAAACACAAUUCUCCUUCCCCAUAGCAUAUGAAAAAAAGGCGCUGACAUUCUUAAAUUUUGAAAUAGUAUCUAUUACAAUCACAGGUUGCUGUAGCAGAUGUAGUCUUGCCCUUGUUUGUACAUGCAUGUAUUUUUUUUUUAAUUUUAUGAAAAUGUGCUAGCAAGAAUUGCUACUUGAGGGGCAAAAUUCUUCCUUCUCAAGCCUGAGGUUCUCCCUAGUGUCUGCUUAGAAGGAAGGAUCCAGCUUCCUGGAAAUGUGUUGGAUGCAUUCAACUGGGCAUUGCUAACCAAAAACAUUUAGAAAAAUGUUCUCUAUGUAUAUAGCAAGAUUGUCUCCCUCUUUUAAAAACAAAAUCCAAUAUUCACAUCUUAUUACCUACAACCUUGAUUCUCUAUUGCAAGCUUCCUUAAUAUUCUUAUAAAAUGUAUUAAGAAAAACAAAAAGGACACCUUUAGCUCUCCUUCCGCCAGGUUGCCUCUAGAAUCUCUGGGGAAAUGCAGAAGGUGCUGUUGAGUAAAGCCCUCAGAAGGAUUGGAUUUAGGAACAUCAGGCACGCUGUACAUCCCCUGAUUACUGUAGAAAUGUAAAUGGAAUAAGAGGUCAGCUGACCAUCCACCUGCUUCCCCAGAAGGAUACAGGGAAAAGUUAGGCCCUCACACACCCUGGGUGACACUUCUGACUUCUAGUUCUUGUUCACAGUGUGUACUUUUUCAAAUUGGUAAUUCCCAGAAAAACACAUAGGUGGCCUUCUCCAGAUCUGUGGGCUUCCUGCCAUGGUUGGAUUUGGUGAUUCCAAGUGUCUAUCACAUAUUUUGUUCACUUAAUUCUAUCCACAGUCAGAAAUUCUUUCAAUGAGGAAAGUUUAAAUAUGCAAUCCUUUAUCCAAUACCUAAUUCUCUCCAACUGCAUCAUAAAUCAAGUAAUAAAAAUUAAUUGUACUAAUUAAUCAUAAUAAUGUACCAUUGUACUUUUAAAUGAAUGAACACUGCAAGACAAAUCUAUGUAAACUCUGAAAAGUAACUGAUCAUUAUAUGGUGAAUCAAAAUGACUCAAGAUUGAUAGAAAGGGACAUUUAAAAUUUUACAACUCAAAAUUUUGUAGACUUUGCUAUGGAGGUAAAUUGUUUUAGUGCCUAGAGAUGGAGCGGUUUUAAUAAAUUUACAAAAGAACUAUAAAGAUAGGUAGGAAGGAAUUUUCAUUUGAUAGGAUUGUUGCUGAUUUACUUACUCAAUACCUAGGUCAAAUGUUGAUCCUAUUCUCCAAAGACUAUCAAGUGCUUGAACAUUGUAAGAUGAGUCUGCUCCACUGAAAAUGUAAUACAUCUCUCCAUUAUAAUCUAUUUUCCUGGGGUAAAAAAAUCCUUUUUUUAAAUAUCCACCUACAUAUACCUACCCUACAUGUGCAUUUGCACAUGCGUGCAUACGCUCAUGCGCCCCACCCCACACACACCUAUUCACCCUAAGACUAAGAAGAAAUCAUUUCUUUGAAAGUCUUAUCUUUCAAAAAAGGCAGCGGUGCCCCUUGAGACUCCUUCUCCUUCUUUGAAUGUCAAUGUGAAAUGUGGCAUGUCUGUGUACAUGAAACCAUCUCAUACCCUAUGGCUCCAGGGUUUCUUUAUGGUUUGUGCACUUGGGAGGAUGCGCAGAAGACAGGAUGCAGCCUGUUUUGCUUUCCCCUUUACUGUUUGGCCAGCUACGCCAAUGUGGUGCUAUUGUUUCUUUAAGAAAGUACUUGACUAAAAAAAAAGAAAAAAAGAAAAAAAGAAAAGAAAAAGAAAAAAGAAAAAAAAAGAAAGCAUAGACCUAUUUUUUUAAAGUCUGAAAACAACAGUUCUAUAGUAGAUGGCUUACUGAGAUAGCAUUAGAUCUAGCCACCACCCUAGCCACCACCUUUCAACUAUGUGUCACUCACAAGUAGAAUAUUGUUCACCAAGUUGUGAGUUUGGGGGUUCAGAGACAAAGGAUGGAAAAGUUUUAAAGUUAGAUGGCUCAAUCAUUUCAUUGGCUCUCAAAUUUAACAAAAUUGGCAAUACUUCACCCAAUCUGAAGUGUUGGUCAAUAACUUGAACUGGGGGCAAAAAUAACUUCAGGCAAAUGGCAGAAGAAAAUAAUUAACUUACUUCUUGCUUUUUUUGUUGAUUGUUUGGUUUCCUGUUGAUUUUUGGUUUUGGUUUUGCUGUGGGUGGGUGAGUACAUGUGUGUAAGUACGUGUGUGUGUGUGUGUGUGUGUGUGUGUGUGUGUGUUCCACUCAAAAACAAAUACUCAGAAAGUGGAGAAAAUACAACGAUUUUAAGAGCAUAGACUUACCUACUACUAGAACCAGCUUCUGUCACAUCCUCUGGAGAAGGCACUGAUUUCUUGUUUUGUAGAGGUUGCUCUUCCAUCAGUGACCUGAAAGAGUGACCAGUCUCCUAGAGUAGACAUGGAUCUCAUUAGGAGAAGACAGAAGUAUUUCCUUAUGAAUUGGGCUUAUCUACUGACAAAGAAAGGGAAGAGUUUAUGAGAAGUUAUUGAAGAAGAUGGCUAACAGUCUGUGAAGAUUUUGUUCUGGUUUUUUUUGUUGUUGUUGUUGUUGGGUUUGGGUUUUGAUUUUUUUUUUUUUUUUUUUACUUUAUACAAUCUUUAUGAAUGGAAAUCUUAAUGCUCAAAAAGACUUGGUCUUUUUUUCUCUUUCGUAACAGAAUGGAAGAUGACAAACUCACAUAGACUCUUUCUAGGCUGGCUAGCAAAGGUGUGGUUUGACUUAUUUGAAUCAGACCAUUUUAAAUGUUCCUCUCUAUUUUUAAUCAUAAAAGGCUGUCAUAAUUUAUUAGCGUAGGCCCUUUUUGGCACUUCUCAAAUGAAUGAGCAUUCCCAUUCAAAGCAUGGCUUUCCCCAUGGUUCCAAAACAUGAAUGAUUAAUAUUAAGGAAUUAUUUACUUCAAAAUACAGUAGAAGUGUGAGUCUCUGUUCCCAUUCCCCACAAAGAUCAUUAAGUCCUGAAUCGGGGGCGGGGGUGGGGCGCCUGGAUACUAAGGGAAUUUUUUUGUUGCUUGUUUUUUGUUUUCAAUGCUAGUGCUUAAUCCUAUAGUAUACAGAUUUGCUUCUUGCUAUUGUGAUAUUCUGUAAGACUUUCCUGUUAGGUAUUAGAAAUUGAUACAUAAAUACCUUUUUUGUGUGGUUUCUAUUUAAAAGGAAAGAGAUAAGACUGUCUGAACCUUAAAUUCGUAAGGCACAUGAUAAAGAGAUCACAUUAAAUAACAAGCCAUAUCUGGUUCAAUCCUUUCUUUCUUAUCAUUUUAAGGAAAACUUGCCCAGAUAAGACAGAGGCCCAGGGGACUUUUGAAACUCUCUUUGUUCCGCCAAUUCAUUUUGGCUGGUGAUGGUUUUUCCCCAGUGUCUGCCUCAGAAUCUUUUAGAGGCUGGCCAGACUAAAGACUGUCUUUUAAAACACAUUUCACAUGGUUCCUCUUAAUGAAUGAUUACACUUAUGUAGAACAUGAUUUUUUUUUCUCUCCACUUAUUUUUUUUUUCCCCAUCAUUGAUAAGGGUUCUUAAGGAGAAGAAUUCAUUAACAAAACUCAAGAAAGCGUACAAAAAAAAAAUUCUAAAUGUCACUGCCCAAUUGAAAUACGAGCUAAAAUGGAAAUACUUUCUCCUACUUAAAACCCAGACUGAAUCACCUUCAAAAUGACCUUUCACAAUCUUUCCAAUUUGCCUUUGUUUAAACUGUCUGGGCCUAAAAGCAAGCAUUAUUCAUUUUCUCUUGCCCAAAGUGAACUUGUGUAAAGUAGGAAAAUUAAAAGAAACUGCUAGAAAUCCCUUCCAACCAGUGGCUGACCCCUCUCACUAGCUCACAGCAAAGUCUCCUCUGUUGAUCUAUCACCUAGUCUCAUUUCGUUUGAAUAUUUACAUUGUACCUACUGCUAAACACUUGGCAGGAGGCUCCAUCCAUAUCUCCUAUCGGUGUCUCUGUAUCCUUAAACCUUGCAAACAUCAUACAGUGUAUAUUAAGUUUACAGGAAAGCUCCAAAUAGCAUAUCAGACCUGGUCUCUCUUUGUUAAAGAUUUAAGGAGCUAUGGGAAUCUGGAUUACAACGCACAUUUUGCUUCAUUUAUUUUUAUCACACUUUAAAGGCCAAGGGUGAUGAUUAACUUACAGACACUGAAUUGAUUUCCCUACUGAAACCUGAAAGUAAUAUUUGGUCAUUCAUUGUAUGUGUUUUACACAAAAAAAACAUCUUCUAUCAAAUUACUCCUGAUUGUAUUUGAAGUGGUUAUUCAAUUCAUUUAUGGCAGAGCAAUAUCUGUCCUAAUGACUCUUAUAAAAUGUAACUAACUGAAUCAUUAUCUUACAUUUACUGUUUAGUAAGCAUAUUUUGAAAUUGUAUGGCUAGAGUGUCAUAAUAAAAUGGUAUAUCUUUCUUUAGUAAUUACAUUAAAAUUAAUCAUGUUUGAUUAACUGGU